AUGGCUGACUUUUCCUUGCGCAAAUCCGUUCCUUCACCUCCCGCCAAGCUGGCAUUGUACGCGAGCCCUCCCCUUUCCCCUCCGGCGCAUUGGUCCCUUGACGUCGAUCCACCGUGCAGGGACUCUCUGUGGGACCGGUUGGGUGGUAUGGAUGGUGAUACCCGGCGCAUGAAGCAGUAUGAUCAACCUCGCUUUGCGACAAGGCCGGGAAUGUCCCGUCGUGCAGUUGCAGGAACGGACCGAUACAGACAAUCCGGCUUACAAUCAGCACGUGGAGAUGCACUGUCACAAGCAGCGGGACGGCCACGAAUGCCGACGUACUUGGACUAUGGAUACACAGACCCGACCUUUCAUGGCGGUUCGUUGCAGGGGGACGAAUUGCAACCGUACCCGUCAUUGCGCGACCAACAACAGCGCCAACCGCAACCGCAGCAACACCAACUACAACAGCCCUUCGCUCCUCCCUAUGAGCCCGAGAUGGUCUACGGCAUCAGCCCGCAGGGUCCUGCGCAGGCCCCUUAUGAGGUCGUGACACCAUACUCAGCCCGGCCGUCUGCAACCAUCGAUGACCUCUCCGGUCAAUUUCCCGUUCCACAGUAUUUCCCUCCAAACGAACCGACUGGUGUUCCGACUGUCGGUGUGCCUUACCUAACCUCUGUCCCUACUUAUAACCAGCCAGGUCCCAUUGGACGCCCAACCGGCUCCCAGCCCUUUCCCACAACCAUGACCGACAUGCCUCCCGGGGGAACAGCCGGACGCUUUGACUUGUCAUCGUCACAGCAGCAACCGCAACAAGCCUCGUCCCAGCUCGUAUCGGAGCCAACGACCUUGACGGAUGCAUACGGUCAGUUUCAACGCGCGCUGCGAGGUACUUUGGACAAUGCGCGCACUGGCCGAUUGGAGGAGGCCAGUCGAUCCCUUUUGGAAAUCUCCGAGUGGCUUGUGACCAAUGCCCGGGAUCUUGGCAUUCUCCGCGAUGAUCAAGUGGUCUAUACCGACCGACUGCAACUCUGGAAUGAUUUCAAUCUUUGCUGGCUGGCGGUGUGUCAAAAACAGAAGGACAUGUUGCAAGACAUGCUGCGAACCCAUCGCCAGCCGCCACAUGCCACUCUCCUGAAUGAUGAUGUGAUGGAUGCUUUAGGCAAGGAGCUGAUCCAGCUGUGCGAUCGCGUGGAACAGUUUGGCUUAGUGGACUAUCAGAUGGGAAUCUGGGAAGAGGAGAUCCUUGGUGUCUUGGGCCAAUGUCUUGAUCUCUAUGAAAGCCUACCGGAGGUGCUUCGCGCCCACAUGAGCACUGCGCCUGCUAUUGCUGGACCUCGA